GCGGUCGGCGGCCGCGCUAGUUCAGCUGUCGCCUGGGCUCCACGUCGCCAGAGGGCCGGUGGGCUGGAGCGCACGGAGCCCAAGCCGGCGGCAGCGUGCGGAGCCAUGGCGGGGCCCGGGCCGGGGGACCCGGACGAGCAGUACGACUUCCUGUUCAAGCUGGUGCUGGUGGGCGACGCGAGCGUGGGCAAGACCUGCGUGGUGCAGCGCUUCAAGACGGGCACCUUCUCGGAGCGCCAGGGCAGCACCAUCGGCGUGGACUUCACCAUGAAGACGCUGGAGAUCCAGGGCAAACGGGUCAAGCUGCAGAUCUGGGACACAGCUGGCCAGGAGCGGUUCCGCACCAUCACCCAGAGCUACUACCGCAGUGCCAAUGGAGCCAUCCUUGCCUACGACAUCACCAAGAGGAGCACCUUCCUGUCAGUGCCCCAUUGGAUUGAGGACGUGAGAAAGUAUGCAGGCUCCAGCAUUGUGCAGCUGCUGAUCGGGAACAAGUCUGACCUGGCUGAGCUUCGGGAGGUCCAGCUGGCUGAGGCGCAGAGCCUGGCUGAGCACUAUGACAUCCUGUGUGCCAUUGAGACAUCUGCCAAGGACUCCAGCAACGUGGAGGAGGCCUUUGUGCAGGUUGCCACUGAGCUUAUCAUGCGGCAUGGGGGCCCCAUGUUCAGCGAGAAAAGCACCGACCUCAUCCAGCUGGAUAGCAAGGACAUCGGGGAGAGCUGGGGCUGCGGGUGCUGACGGGCAGGGCUGGGCUGCCUCCUUCCCUCGGGCUCUGCACUGCAAGUGGAUGCUGGGAAGGAGGAGCCGGACUCCCUGCAGUGCCUGGUGGCUGGGGCGGUGGGCUUCGUGUUCUCCACAUUCCAGGACUGCCCUGCACCUGCCAGCUGACCCCAGGGUGGGAUGGGUUGCCCCAUGCCGCCUUCUCCUUUGCCCAGUGAUCUUGACUUUGUAGAUUCUGCCAGACUGUUGGGGCCUCUGUCCGGAAGUGAGCAGGAGCUAGCUGGACCGGCUCCUGAGUGCAGCCUGGCGCUGAUUCCCCUGGCCCAAAGUGGUUUCCUCCCUCGUACCUACCACAGCCCUGGACGUCCCCUGGGCCUGGCUCACUGCCCUGUCAAGACCUCAGUUUACUGGUUCUGUGUGGCUUCUCAUUUUCAUCAGCACAAGUGUGGGGAUCUUGGCCCAUGGCAGCUGGACAUGGCCACAGUGGCCAAGCCUUAGGCCUGGAGGGCUGGAACCUGGCAGGAGAGGGAACCUGAGGGAGAGCAGCCACCUGGAGGCAGCAGCGUGCAGUAGAGCGGUAGAGGGUGUGUUCAUUGCCUCAAGGCCAGGCUGGGUCCUCAGCAACAAACCUCAGAGCUGCCUGUGUCCACCCCUGAGUCUAAGGGCCCUGGGGACCUGGGCGCCCAGCCUCAUUCCCGGUGCGCAGAUGCUCCUGCCACCGUGUUCGAUCACCUGCUCCCCUGGGACUCAGCAAGCCCAGUUUCUCAACAACAAAGGCCUCACCUGGAGCCAUGGCCAGGUCACCUGCAUCCCCUGGGCCUGUAAUGGCCUCAAGCUGUGCGGGGUGCUGAGGUUGGACAGCAGGUGGGGACCCCUAAAAUACAGCGCUAUCCUCUGGGCAGGGAGCACAGGAGCCUCCCCGCCCACCUUGGCCCUGGCAGGAGGCGCUGUGCUCUGAGGUGUGGGGAGCAUUGACACAGUGCUGGCAGCCGCAUCCCACCCAGGUGGCCCCUGCCUCACUCCAAGCUCUGUGGCCGCGGAAGCCCCUUCUCCAGGGCAGGGCAUAGGCCUGUGGCUGAGCAUGGCACCCGUGGGGAGCGGGGUCCAGGUGGGUGGGGAGCUGCAUUUCCGUGCUCAUUCCCAGCAGCUGCCGUACCUCUGCCAUCUGCGAUGCUGGGCCCGGGUGUGCCUGGGUCUCCUGCUAGUUCCAGUUGGCCUGUGCUGUUUGCAGGGAGUACCGGUACCACCCUGGCCCUGCACUGCUGCUCCUGGCCUGAGAGCUGUGCCAGGGCUGAGGCCCUUGGGGUCACUACCUGGGCACAGAGGUCACUCGGAGGCUGACCCUGCAGAGCCCGGCUCUUCUGGGGAGACGAGCGCACCUGGGCUCAGGUGUGGUCCUCAGGGCACAGGGCUGUGCUGCAGUGCUCCCGCUGCCACCGCCCAAAGGCCUGGCUCUCUGCCUUGGGGUGGACCCUGCGCCAUCACCUGCUCUCUGGGAUUCCCAGCGCCAGCACGGGACGGAGCUCUCUUGUCACCUGGGGCUGUGAGCCACUGCCCUCUACCCACUGCCCACCACAGGCUGCCUGGGCAGGGAGAGCAGAGCCGGCUCCGCCAGGACUCUUUCUCCAUGGUGGCUCCUCGGCUGGCCCCGCCCCCAGGGUGCCAUGGCGCUUGUCCGCUUUCACUGUGCGCAGUGUCAAGGGUGUGGGACGGGAGCCCCGGUGCGCCCACAGGAGCAGCCUGUGCCAGGUUCAGAAACCCAAGUUGCCCUGCAUGCCCUGCCUUCUUUCCCACCCCAGUGCCUCCGUCCCUCCCCAUCCACUCCCGCCCCACCCUAGCACCCCGAUCGCUCCCCGUCCUCUCCUGCCCCACCCGACUCCCCGCCUCCCUCCCUGUCUUCUCCUGCCCCAGUGCCCAUCCCUGUCCUCUCACCUGAGUGCAGAGGGUUCCAGUUCCGCUGCCCAGGCCUCAGCUCUGCUCCGUGGCGGGUCUGAAAGGUCACCUGGCCCGGCGUUCCCAGGGCUCUUGGACAGGUCCACACUCAGCCUCAGCUUCUCUCCUGUGCAUCCCAUGCUGUCCUGGCCACCCUGGCCUCCCUUCCCGACCCUUCUCCCCGUCUCCAUCCCUCCCUCGAGUUCCUGUCACUCAGAAUCCCACCAAUGACCCGCAGGGCGCAGCUGAGUCUCCUGGGAGAACCGGUCCUUCCCUGCCCCGCGGCCGUGAGGUCCCCACAGCCAAGCUGAAGCCAUUUCAGCGGGAGCAGGGCCCACCCCUCCAGCCGCAGUGCCAGUGCCUGUGUUGGGCUCCCUGCCCUUUGGGCUUGGGUAAGGACACAGAGAAGUGCGGGGGACAGAAAAUAAACCAGUGGCCAGUGUCUCCUGCCCACUGCAGGGCCAGCUCCCAGCAGCCUGGCCUCUGGGGCCAGAGGGAGCAGUUUCCUCCCUUGUUCCCAAAUCACCCAGCAGAGAAGCAGCCCAGCAGGGCUCCCGUAUUCCCUGGAAGGGGUCAGCGCCAAGGUCACGGCCCUAUGGCCCGAGAGCCCGGGAAGCCCCAUUCACGCUGAAUUCAGCACCCUCUUCCCUGGAGGAUGCCAGCCAACCGGCAGCUCAGCCCUGAAGCCUGGACUUGGGGGACGGGUGGAGACCUCAGCCAGCUCAAGGUUGCCAUUUGCGUUGGGAGUUUUUCACCUUACCUAUUUAUGAAUAUGUACAUCUUUAUAGCAAAUGUAUUUUUUAAAACAUGGAAAAAUUACCUUUAUGGAAACUUUAAGAGCCAGAGUGUAAAAGGCUUCACCCAUUAAACCAAUUUCUGUCAGGAGCCAA